GCCGUGUCCUAGCACAACAGAGCCGGUGACUCCGUGUCCUAGUACGACCGAGCCAGCAACGCCCUGUCCAAGCAUGACGGAGCCGGUGGCACCCUGUCCUAGUACAACCGAGGCAGCAACGCCCUGUCCAAGCACGACUGAGCCGGCGACGCAACCUCCAACAACACAAUCGCCGAUUCAGCAAUACUCGUCGCCUUCUGACGUCGACACACCAACAGAGGCUGCCACACAGCAGCCGGACUCCCAAUUCGACACUCUUACACAGUCUGCCUCCACUCCAACGGAGAGCCAAUUGGUUUCGUUCGCAACGACGUCGACAAGCACUUCCGAUACCCCACCCACAGGCUCUACCGGCACUGCUUCACUUGUGAUCGCCGUCGCCUUCGGUGCCGUCGCCGUAGUCGCCGCUGCUAUCCUGUACAAGAAGAGACGCAAUUCCCACGCAGAGCGACGUCUAAGCGAAGAUUUCGCCAUGCACGCUGUCAUCACGCCAGUCUAGACGAAAAAUUCCAUUCCAACAACCUGCUAACUCGAAAUUUCCUCUUCCCAACACAAAUUAUUGACUUUCAUCCUUGUGACGACUGUGAGAGAGCCGUAUCCUCCGCAGUUUGAGUCAGAGUAUUGAAUUCACUCUCAUCUUUUACGUCAAAGUCCGGAUUGUCCUCGCCAAGUCGCUGGCCUUGCAGUAAACUGUCCACAACCCAGCGUGCUUUAACCACUUGAAUUCCCCACUGCUUGGCCUUCACGAACUUCAUUCCAAAU